AUACAGAAGAUAGCCCUAUUUGGUAAAAGACCAAGUCCAUAUUAUGGAAAGAACCUCUCAAAUAAGCAAAGAGAUAUGACAGUCCAUCAUUACUUUAAGACAUGACGGUCAGUCAAUUUCAAGAACUUUGAAUGUUUCUUCAAGUGCAGUCACAAAAACCAUUAAGCGCUAUGAUGUAACUGGCUCUCAUGAGGACCUCCACAGAAAAGGAAGACCCAGAGUUACCUUAGCUGCAGAGUUACCAACCUCAGAAAUUGAAGCCCAAAGAAAUGGUUCACAGAGUUCAAGUAACAGACACAUCUCAACAUCAACUGUUCAGAGGAGAAUAAGUGAAUCAGGCAUACAUAGAUUGAGUUCCUGCAACAACAAAAAACUACUAAAAGACAGCAAUAAGAAGAGGAGACUUGCUUGGGCCAAGAAACACGAGCAACGGACACUAGACCAGUGGAAACCUGUCCUUUGGUCUGAUGAGUUCAAAUUAGAUUUUUUUUAAAUUCCAACCGCCAUGUCUUUGUGAGACGCAGAGUAGGUGAACGGAUGAUCUCCGCAUGUUUGGUUCCCACCGUGAUGCAUGGAGGAGGAGGUGCGAUGGUUUCGGGGUGCUUUGCUGGUGACACUGUCAGUGAUUUUGAAUAUAAGGUACACCUUAAUACCAGCAUGGCUACCACAGCAUUCUGCAGUGAUACGCCAUCCGAUCUGGUUUGCGCUUAGUGGGACUAUCAUCUGGUUUUCAACAGGACAAUGACCCAAAACACACCUCCAGGCUGUGUCAGGGCUAUUUGACCAAGAAGGAGAGUGAUGGUGCUGCAUCAGAUGACCUGGCUUCCACUAUCACCCGACCUCAACCCAAAUGAGAUGGUUUGGACUGCAGAGUGAAGGAAAAGCAGACAACAAGUGAUCAUCAUAUGGAAACUCCUUCAAGAUUGUUGGAAAAGCAUUCCAGGUGAAGCUGGUUGAGAGAAUGCCAAGGGCAUGCAAAGCUGUCAUGAAGGCAAAGGGUGGCUACUUUGAAGAAUCUAAAAUAUAUUUUCAUUUGUUUAACACUUUUUGUUUGGUUACUACAUGAUUCAAUAUGUGUUAUUUCAUAGUUUUGAUGUAGAAACUAGUAAAAUAAAGAAAAACCCUUGAAUGAGUAGGUGUGUCCAAACUUUUGACUGGUACUGUAUGUGUAUUGGAUAACAGCACAGUCAUUUGGGAUUUUUUGGGCUCAUUAAAAGGUAUUUAAUUGAUUUAACCUUUAUUUAACUAGGCAAGUCAGAUAAGAACAAAUUCUUGUUUACAAUGACAGCCUACCCCUUUCGGCUACUCGCCCAACCCUCUAACCACUAGGCUUCCUGCCACUCCAUUGAUGUAUGACUCAUCAGGCUCAGGUAGCAUCAGGUGUCAAUUUUCGAUCAAAGCUCUAAUCAAAUCCAGACAUAGGCCUAUUUAUAUGCUUUAUAAUGCUUUUGAAUGACAAGUCCGGUUUUCGUGGGAAAUACCGGGUUACCUGGGAGAAAAGUUAUUCUUAAGAGGGAACACAUGUAAAAUACUGGUAAAAUAGUCAACCCUACUGUAGACCUUCAUUGCAACACAGUGUGUUUUAAUAAAUUAUUUGGUGACGUGAAUAUAUUUAGUAUAGUUUUUUUCACUAUUUACAUUUUUGAAAUCAUGAAAUUUACUGACGGAAAUGGUCCUCCCCUUCCUCCUCCGGGGAGUCUCCGCUGUUGAGCAUGUAAGAGGUUUGUGGUGCUGACAUCCUGUUAUUCCUUCUGAUUGGCUGAUAUCCUCAGUCGGCCAUGCUCAUUGGUCGGGGUGCUGCGACAGGCGUCAGAGUGGACAUUACAGAACGACGCACUUGAGGAAGCAUGAAAUCAACUCUGGGGAGGUGGAAAACACGCAGCACCACAGUGCUUACGCAAAGAUACUGUUGGUUCUCAUGCCAGAACCGAGCUAUUUUGACACAAAGACAUGACACAGAAAAAAAAUAUUUUCAGAUAAGUAACAAAUGGACUGCAACACAGCUGAUCAUUUGGCUAUGUCAUACAUUACAUAAAGUCCACUGUUUUUGAACCCUUAACAUACAUGACCAGCAUUACAAGUGGGGUGCUACACAUUGGUAAUAGCUAAGAUAAUACAACAGUAUAAUCAAUGCAAAACUUUGCCAGAAAAUUUUCUUCUCCCCUCCUGUUCCCAGGUGGCUAAAAUCAACCUGCUGUCCGCCCAGAGGCGAGAGCAGCACAUCCUGCGCAUGGUGCUGUCCAUGGUGUCCUGCUACCUGCUGUGCUGGAUGCCCUACGGCGUCAUGGCCCUGGCGGCCACCUUCGGCCGGUCAGGCCUAGUCACCCCCGUGGCCAGCGUGGUGCCCGCCGUCCUGGCGAAGAGCAGCACCGUAAUCAACCCUAUCAUCUAUGUGCUGUUCAACAACCAGGUAAAUGAUGGAAAGAUAUGUACUCUUGUUUGUUCUUAAGGAGAUGAACAACAUAUUUGUCAACGAGUCUGCAAUACGUCUCAAUAGAGUGAUUGUGAUUGGAUGGAGGUACAAAAUAACACCUACUUCUAAAAGGAGUCGGAGUAUGUGCAGGAACAAUGGUGGACAUCUUGAAGCAAGUGGGGACAGCAGACCGGGAUAGGGAGAGAUUGAAUAUGUCCGUAAACACUCCAGCCAGCCUGUCUGCUCAUGCUCUGAGGACGCGGCUAGGGAUGCUGUCUGGGCCGGCAGCCUUCCGAUGGUUAACACGCUUAAAUGUCUUACUCACUUCAGCCACGGAGAAGGAGAACCCACAGUCCUUGGGAGACGGCCACGUCGGUGGCCCUGUGUUAUCCUCAAAGUGGGCGAAGGUGUUUAGCUUGUCCGGAAGCAAGACGUCGGUGUCAGCAACGUGGCAGGUGUACCCUUAGUAGUCCGUGAUUGUCUGUAGUCCCUGCCACAUACGUCCCGUGUCUGAGCUGUUGAAUUGUGACUCCACUGUCUCUGUACUGACGUUUUGCCUGUUUGAUUGCCUUACAGAGGGAAUACUUACACUGUUUGUAUUCAGCCAUAUUCCCAGUCACCUUGCCAUGAUUAAAUGCGAUGGUUUGCGCUUUCAGUUUUGAACAUAUCCCAGUCUGUGUGAUCAAAACAAUCUUGAAGCAUGGAUUGCGAUUGGUCGAACCAGCGUUGAAUAGACCUUAGCAUGGGUAAUUCCAGUUUGAGUUUCUGCCUAUUGGAUGGGAGGAGCUAAAUGGAGUCGUGAUCAGAUUUGCAGAAGGGAGGGUUAAUCAUGAAACAUACACCCCUGCCUUUCUUCUUCCCGGGAGAGUUUUUUAAAUUUUUUAUUCCCGUCUGAUGCGAUGUACUAAGAACCCAGAUGGCUGAAUGGAAGGGGACAGUAUAUCCCGAGAGAGCCAUGUUUCUGUGAAGCAGCGUAUGUUACAAUCCCCGAUGUCUCUCUGGAAGGAGAUCCUCACCCUAAGCUUGUCUACUUUUAUUAUCCAGAGACUGAAUAUUAGUAAUAUACUCUGAAGAGGUGCAUGGUGUGCACGCCUCUGGAGUCUGAUUAGAAGUCCACUCCGAAUACCUCUUCUCCGCUGGCAGUGUUUUGGAGGAGCCUCUGGAAUAAGUUAAAUUGCCUUGGGGGGUACAAACAAAGGAUCCAAUUGGGGAAAGUCGUAUUCCUGGUCGUAAUGCUGUUUUACAGAUGCUUUGUGAGAUGCAGAGGGGAGCCCCAGUCUGUGUUUAACACCCAGCAGAGCAGCAGAGAGGAGAACGCUACCCCCGAUCCCUCUGCACCACCAUGAUCAACACUUACCAGACCAGCAUGCCUCCGCCACCUAUUCCCCCACGGCUAGGCUCUGUCAUGUCGGCACCAGGACCAGGCCACAGCAAGCCUCUUCUCAGGUUUCUCAUUGGCAUGAUAGUGCUUCAAAUGGUUCUGCUACUGGGGGGAUUCGCCUACCUGUACCACACGGACAACAAGUAUCACAAGGACCUUGACAGCAAGUACCUGGAUGAUAUGAUCAUCCUGAAGAGACUUGAAGAGUGUGAGAAAGACAUCCAGUCAGUGCUGGACUGUAAGAAGCUUGUGGAGAAAUACAAAAGCAUCCUGGCAAAGGUCUCACAAGAGGAAGGAAGAGCUGCUAAACUCAUUGGGGAUGGGCCCUCGUAUGGAGCCAUGGCACGCAUGAUAGUAAAGCAACCCGUUUCUGGUACACCCCCAACAAAGUAUCUGGAGUGGAACAUAGGCCACUCAGUGCGGAAGAACGUCCAGUACUACAUGUCCAGCUGGCUGAAGGUGCUGCAGCCUGGAGACUACAACAUCUACUCCCAGGUGGCUUUCUCCAAAUGGCACCCCAAAACCCCUCUGGCCAGCCGGGUGAAGCUGAGGAAGGGGGAGACGGGAGAGGAGAAAGACCUGAUGACAGCCUACUGCAGCCUGGGGGACCAGGAUCAUACAGACGUGUGUACAGCUUUCCAGGGAGGAGUGUUCCGUCUGGAGCCAGACGAUCAGCUUAGUGUGUGGGUGACGGACCCCAGCCUAGUCAACUAUGAGGAGGGGACUACCACCUUUGGAUUGUACAAGCUGUAGGCUGGUCAUCACAAUGGACAUUGCCUACAGUAUGGAGAUGAUGGACUACUUUACUUUGGAUUGGGCCUGUUUUUGGAGCGAUGAAUGGAAUCCAGGCCAUGUGAGUGGGACAGGACUGAAUACAAAUCUCCUAAAGGGAUCUAAACAUGGACUAGACCAGUGGUUUCCAAACUUUCUAUAGUCCCAUACCGCUUCAAACAUUCAACCUCCAGCUGCGGACCCCCUCUAGCACCAGGGUCAGCACACUCUCAAAUGUUGUUUUGUUUGUUUGCCAUCAUUGUAAGCCUGCCACACACACACUAUACGAUACAUUUAUUAAACAUAAGAAUUAGUGUGAGUUUUUGUCACAACCCAGCUCAUGGGAAGUAACACAAAGCUCUUAUAGGACCAGAGCAUAAAUAAUAAUAAUCAAUAAUUUUGCUCUUUAUUUAACCAUCUUACAUAUGAAACCGUAUUUGUUCAUCGGAAAUUGUGAAUAACUCACCACAGGUUAAUGAGAAGGGUGUGCUUGAAAGGAUGCACAUAACUAUGCAAUGUUGGGUUGUAUUGGAGAGAAUCUCAGUCUUAAAUCAUUUCCCACACACAGUAUGUGUCUGUAUUUAGUUUUCAUGCUAG